UAGUGUUCGAAAAGUGAAUUUCCAAAAAAAAAAAAAAACAAUGUCCCGCCAACGUUGGCUUUACGGUUUCUAUGUGUUUGUAUUGGUGUUACUAUUGUCGUGCCGCUCAUCGUAUGGCGGAUAUGCAAAUAACGACAUCAUCAGUAGUGGUCGCCACGAAAAAUGUCCCAAUGACGGUGUACCAGUUUGUUCGGCCAAAGGCAGUGAUUUUUUACUCUUUCCCAAUCAGUGUUUGCUGACCGAGGCCAAUAGAAAUUUCUACCAGAGCAGGGGAGAAUAUUUUCCAAAGUUCCCGUUGCAACGUUGCAUACACGGCUGUCGCAUUGCUUGUCCGAAGGAGUAUAAACCGAUUUGUGCAAUAAAUUUACAAACCCGCGAGAGGAAAUUAUUUGUGAGUUUAUGUGAACUUACCAAAUAUGCUUGUAAAACUAGUCUGGAAUUUGUAAAAUUAGAAUAUUCCGAUUGUGAAGAUGCAAGAAACAAACUGGCAAAUUAUCGGAAACCUAAAGAACAACUACGAAGAAAACGAAGACCGAUUCCAUGCACAUCGAUAUUUAGACCGGUGUGUGGACAAUAUAUGGGUGUUAAAUCGACCUUCCGCAACGAAUGUAUAUUGAAUGCCGAAAAUGUCAAAUAUGGAAAAGAUUGGCGUGUUAUCAAGUAUGGCAUCUGUGAUGAAGAUUAUUCCAAUUCAAGAUUACGUCUCGACAUUAAGCCACCCAAAUUGCAUGGCAUCACAAAACGAAGUUAUGAAAAGAUUAGCUACUCCCCCAACCAAGAGGAGAGACAAGAUUUUCUGAAUUACAAAACGGAAUCGAUGAUGACUAAUGAAAAUAGAAUACCCAGCGAAACGUAUCCGAACUAUAUGUUGCAAUAUCAAAAUCCUUUCUUGAUGACGCCACAUAUGUUCCAACCCAUGAAUCCUUUCAAUCAUAUAUACCCCGACAUGCGAAACAUGUAUGCGCCAGAAGAGACUCAAAGACCACUGGCGGAAGAAAAUAAUGCUGAGAGUGUACCAGAUCAGCAAUUCGAAGGCACUGACCCAAAACCCAUGCCAUAUUCAUCACUAAAUGAUAUGCCAUUAAAUUAUGCUGAUGCUAAUAUCAAAUAUGAGAAUGAAAAACAUAAUUUUGUGAAUGGCAUAAAAUAUGAAAAUGAAAUACCUAAUUUUUACCCAAAUAACAUAAAUAUUGAAAACGAAAGUCCCAUUGUGGAACCUGUUGUCAAAUCUAUGCAUAAUUUAUAUAAUAGAAAUUUUGAAGAUUUACAUACAGAUCAAAGAAAUUUGCCAUUAUAUGGAGAUGAAAAUAUGAUCCCCUUACGGUCCUACAACGAUGAGUUUUCGACUAGAAUAGGCAAUAAAGGAGAUAAAUCAUACUCGUCCAAAGCAAAUCGAAAGGAAAAGACGAAUAGAAAGAGAACCGAAUGUAAAUAUGGUUCUGUGAAAAUAUGCGGUGUUCUAAGCAAUGGCACUGUUCGCACCUUUGAGAAUAUUUGUGAAAUGCGAAGCACGAAUUUGUAUUUGAAAAAUACCUUCGUAAAACUUCAUGAAGGGCGUUGUGACAAAUGCAAUUAUGACUGUGAACGCGAAUAUCAACCGAUUUGUGUUCAACGUAAUGGUGUGAAUUAUACCAUGGUUAAUGAAUGCUAUUUCAAUAUGGCCAUAUGUUUGGAUAAAAUAAGCAAUUGGACGAAAGUUGCAAAUGGCGAAUGUCAUCGCAAAACCCCUAUACUUGAUCGAUAUGAAAAUCAAGCACCAGGAUUUAAAUAUACCAGUAAUUAUUUUGCACCCACGGCAACAGAGAGUAUGCCAACAAGUACCACAGAAGGUCCAGCUAAAACAAAUGCCAAAAGUAAGCAAUCCACCAAAUCAUCCAACACUAAAGCAAAAACUGCUGCUAUCCAAACGCGAAAGGAGAAUAACAAAGAACUCGAAGAUAAAUCUCUAGUUGAUCAUGUAGUCAGGAGACGUUCUAAUUGGUCAAUGGGACACUAUAUGGAGCCAGAAAUCAAAUCGUUUAUAAUGGAUUUGGUACACCAAAGGCAAGGUAAUACACAAAUUGGUCUUUGAUAUUGAAGUAUUGAAAGAGUCUUAGCGAAUAUAGUCAAUUUAGGAUUAAUGUUGUUAUUAUACGAAUUUUUGUAGCCUU